AUGGUUGCCGAGAAGCUGCUCCAAGCCGCACACGUGGCUCCUGAAAUCUUCGAACUACGACCAGACUAUCGAGCUCUCUUGCUGAUCGUGGAGGGCAUUCCUCCGGGCCCUAGCGACGAGACUAGCGAGAAGGUCCUCAAAGAAGCAGAGAGUCAUGUCAAGGAGAUGGUCGCCAGCACUCUUAUCACCGAAUUCCCCCAUAUCGCUGCGUGGAGAGAAGCCUACAAAGGCUUCGGGGCCAAGCCGAACAAGACACGGAAUAGUCUGGAGGCCCUGACUCGUCGCGCUGAAAAUGGCCUACCGCGCAUCAACCGAUUGACGGAUAUCUACAAUGGUAUUUCUGUCAAAUAUCAGAUCCCGUUUGGUGGCGAGGAUUUGGAUAAAUACGACGGCUCCGCAUUCCUGCUACGCGCCACCGGUAAAGAACCCUUUCAAACCUUCUCGGGCGGAGAGCCCCAAACAGAGCUUGCUACGCCUGGAGAGCCUAUCUGGUGUGAUAACACGGGCAUCACUUGUCGACGCUGGAACUGGCGACAGGGCCCUCGGACAGCGUUGACAGAUGACACUACGCGGGUGUUAUUUAUUCUCGACGCAUUGAACCCACUUUCGGACGAUACUUUGACCCAAGCCGCAGAUGAGCUUGAAUCUUUGUUGAAGGGACUUUCUCCUGAAGUUGAGACGUCUAGGCGCCUUAUUGGCCCUUCUAUCUGA